GGGGCUUUCACACAGAUUAAGUGCAGCUCUGAAAUAUUUAUUGGUGGAGUCCCUAGUUAUGAUGCUGUGAAGAAGAACUCUGGCGUCCUUGGGCCCUUCAGUGGGAGCAUCCAGAAGAUUAUCUUGAAUGACUGGACAAUCGAUGUGAAACAUGAUUUCACUUUCGGAGUCAACCUAGUGAACGCUGCCCACCCCUGCGUGAGCUCACCCUGUGCAAAUGGAGGCACCUGUGUUCCCAAGAAGGACAGCUACGAAUGUGACUGUCCUCUGGGCUUCGAUGGGCAACACUGCCAAAAAGCCAUUACAGAAGCAAUUGAAAUCCCACAAUUUAUCGGUCGCAGUUACCUCACAUAUGAUAAUCCAGAUAUUCUGAAAAGGGUGUCAGGAUCAAGAACGAAUGUGUUCAUGAGGUUUAAAACUGCGAUGAAGGAUGGUCUUUUGAUGUGGAGGGGAGACAGUCCCAUGAGACCUAACAGUGAUUUCAUUUCUCUAGGCCUUCAAGAAGGAGCAUUAAUAUUUAGCUACAAUCUGGGGAGUGGCAUUGCUUCCAUCAUGGUGAAUGGAUCUUUCAGCGACGGCCGGUGGCACAGAGUCAAGGCUGUUCGGGAUGGACAGUCUGGCAAAGUAACUGUGGAUGACUACGGUGCCAGGACUAGUAAAUCCCCUGGGAAGAUGAGGCAGUUAAACAUCAAUGGAGAUCUCUAUGUAGGUGGCAUGAAGGAAAUAGCCCUGCAGACGAACAGGCAGUACCUGCGGGGCCUGGUGGGGUGCAUCUCCCACCUCACCCUUUCAACCGACUACCACAUCUCACUGGUGGAGGACGCUGCCGACGGGAAGAACAUCAACACAUGUGGGACCAAGUGA